GGUGAGAUAGGGUUUCACCACCGCCCCCCUUCCCCAAACCAAUCCCCAGCUUUAUGCUUAUUGAAUUGUUUUCGGCUGGAGCUGUUCUGAAACCUCUCUCUUGCCCUCUCCAGUCCCUCCCCUUCCCCCAAUUCCCUGGCAUCUUAUCCUUCUGAUGCCCGUGAACCAGCGGAUUUCUUCAUUGUCUAACGUUAAGACAUACCUACUGGAGUUGUGAUCUGUACCAUGUUAUACUGGAAUAAAAUUAUGAGGAGCUGCUUCAUAGGCUUUCUGUGUCUUGUCCUAUGGAGAUGGCAGCAUCUGCAUUCAACUCUUGCUGAAGGUCAUCUGCCACCUGAUUUUGAAGUCACUGAAGGUCAUCGACCAAACAUCCGUUUAGAUAAGAACCUUGUUCAAGACAAAGAUCACAUUAUGGAACAUUUAGAUGGUGUGAUAGACAAACCGGAAUCUGAGAUGACACCACAAGAACUUCAACUUCAUUACUUCAAAAUGCACGAUUACGAUGGAAAUAAUCUUCUUGAUGGAUUGGAACUAAUAUCAGCCAUUACACAUGUUCACAAAGAGGAAAGUGGUGGCCAAGGACAGCCCAUGAGUGAAGAAGAAAUUGUUAGCUUAAUUGAUGAUGUUUUAAGAGAUGAUGACAAGAAUAAUGAUGGGUUCAUUGAUUAUGCUGAGUUUGCUAAAUCACUAGAGUGAAAAGGACAAAUCAUGGAUUGGUAUUAUCCAUUUUCUGACCCCCAUUGGGGAAGCAAUUAAAUAUAUUUUUAUUAAUGGUGAA